UUCUCGCCGUGAAAUUCCUUCCUUCGCACAGGAGGACAGAAGUGCUCACUUCGCUGAUACUUGGUAAAGCUACCAGGAGAAAAAAGACUGGGAGCUCCUCGAAAGUCAAAAGCAUCAUCAUGUACCCGAUUCCCCGGCCCUAACCCCCAGAACCCCUUGCUCCGCUGGCCUGCGUGGGCCUCGCUACUGCGUUGCUAGGUGACGCGCUCCGGGUUCUCAGCUAUUGUUCCUGCAGACCGGACCGGGGGGUGGAGCGCGAGCCGCGCCGGCCCGUCCGUCUGCGCAAUGGACCAGACCCAGGCGUCUCACGGGCAGUUUUUCGCUCAGAUUCGCCAGUAUUUUGCGGGGCUGUAUCAGUGCCUGCAGAACUUCUGGAACGCCAAGGUGAAGGCCUUUUUCGUGAAGAAGGAAGAGGAGGAACCUGUCCCCACAGCGGAGAGCAUUUUUCACAAAGAAAAGAUGGUGCUGCUGGGCCAGGUGCUGAGGAACAAAUCCCUGGCCGCUGAGAAAAGGGCCCAGGCCGCCUACCGCAUCGGACUGUUGGCCUUCACAGGGGGCCCGACAUCGGGGACCUUCGCGGCCGAGUACAUGAGGGACGUGGCCCUCCUGCUGCAGAAUCACCAGCUGGCCCCGAAGACCAGGAUCCUGCUGCUGCAGAGCGUGGCGUGCUGGUGCUACCUGGACCCCGCCAGCCAGCGCCAGGCCCAGUUUCUGAAGUUCAUCCCCAUCCUCACUGCGUUUUUCGACGACCCGCUGGAGUCGGCCUCCAAGAGCGAGACCAACAGCCACCUCCUGGUAAAGUUCUGGACGUGCUACGUCCUCUCUGUCAUGACGUGCAACAACGCAGCCUUCAUGGAGGAGCUGAAGGAGCACGCGGCCCUGAGGAGGCACCUGCAGAUGCUGGCCGGCGACAACUGGGGCGGGUGGCCGGAGAACUUCGCGCAGGUGCUGUAUUUCCUGGUCGGCUUCCACAGGGGCUGACCUCCCGCGCCCAGGGGUGGCCCUGCAGAACGGAAAUA